CAGUGAGUGUAAAACCAACACAAUAAAUUCAUCCUCUUACAAAAUUUCAACUUGUUCUGCACAUCCUUCACUUCUUUUUCUUGCUCGUUAACUGGAUAAUACCAACUGAAAACAAUGGCCAUUCGCAUGCCUUGGAUUAUGCAUGCCAAACAAGUCCUUCGACGGUCAUCUUUGACAGCAGCAAACAAAGCAGCUUCAUCCUCAUCAUCAACAGACGUUCCGAAAGGUCAUUUUGCAGUUUAUAUUGGAGAGAGCGAAAAGAAGCGGUUCGUGAUCCCGGUAUCGUACUUGAACAAUCCUUCAUUUCAAGACUUGUUAGGUCAAGUUGAGGAAGAAUAUGGAUUUCAUCACUCAAUGGGCGGUCUUACUAUUCCAUGCAGCGAAGACAUCUUCAUCGAUCUCACUGCUCGAUUGGGUGGAUCAUGAUUCUUUGAUAGAGAGGACACUUGUUAGCGUAUUUUGACAGACACAAUUUUGUAAACCAGGAAUUAACCAUUUCUUUGUACGAGUCUAUUUGUUUCCCUUUGUUAAGGACAGACUAAUGACAUUUUCUUACGUAAAGGCAAAAUCUUCACGGCUUUGAUUCUUCUCCUUUUUUGGUUUUUAUAUGGGAUUGUGCAGUUUUUGAGUCG